UUUCCAGUCCGAUCGAUGGCUGCAUUUGUGAAUUGUGAUUUUGUCAGACUCUGCUUCCCGGUGCUCCUGAAAACUUGUGGCUGGGAGAAACAGAUAGCCCUCUCCGGCUCUCUACUUUCCGCGGCCACCAUCUUCCGGACACCGAGGCGGCCGGCCACCUGCCAAUGGCUUCCUCCCUCGCCGUCUUUCACCCCGCCGCCGGUCACCUCCCCUGCCCUCGCCGUCCACAAAACCCCGCCUACCCGCGCUCACCCCCCUUCCUCCUCCCCCACCCGCCGGCGUCCGGGCCGCCCCGCCGCUCCCGCACGUUCGCCGCCGAGGAUUCCGCAGUUUGCAAUCGGGGGCGGCGGCGGCGGCAACGGCAGGAGGAGGGGAGCGGGCGUCGACGUCGCCGCGAUCGCCGGGGCGCUGCGAGACGCGAAGACGGCCGACGAUGUGGAGUCCUUGGUGAAGGACUUCCUCGGCGGUGACGAAGAGCGCUUGCCCCUCAAGGUUUACACCACGGUGAUAAGGGGGCUCGGCAAGGAGAAGCGUCUUGACGCCACCUUUGCCGUCGUGGAGUAUCUGAAGAGAAGGGAGGGCAGCAGCGUCAACCAGUUCGUGUACAACUGCCUGCUAGGCGCGGUUAAGAGCUGUGGGGAAUUUGGGAGGAUUGGGGAUGUUCUCACAGACAUGGAGGCACAGGGCGUUUCCCCGAGCAUUGUGACCUUCAACACUCUUAUGUCCAUUUAUGUUGAGCAAGGCAAGAUUGAUGAUGUCUUCAGGGUGUACCAUGACAUCGAUGCCCGUGGGCUGGUGCCGACCGCCGCGACGUACUCGACGGUCAUGUCCGCCUACAAGAGUGCCGGUGAUGCGUAUGCCGCCCUCAAGUUCUUUGUGAAGCUCAGGGAGAGGUACAAGAAUGGCGAGCUGACGGGGAAUCCUGCAGAUUGGGAGCCAGAGUUUGUUAAGUAUGAGAAGCUGGCUGUUCGCGUAUGUCAUAUCGCGAUGCGGCGGUCACUUGCAGGUGGGAAUAAUCCAGCCACUGCGGCAUUGAAGGUUCUUCUUGCCAUGGAUGAAGCUGGGGUGAGGCCAGACAGGAGCUAUUACGAGCGUCUCGUGUGGGCGUGCAUGGGAGAGGAGCAUUACACCAUUGCCAAGGAGCUGUACCAGAGAAUACGUGAGUGCGAUGGGGGGAUCAGCUUGUCAGUAUGCAACCAUCUGAUUUGGUUGAUGGGCAAGGCCAAGAAGUGGUGGGCAGCUCUCGAGAUCUACGAGGAUUUGUUGGAGAAAGGCCCACAGCCGAACAAUUUGUCAUACGAGCUGAUCAUGUCUCAUUUCAACAUCCUACUCAAUGCUGCCAAGAGAAGGGGCAUUUGGAGGUGGGGUGUUAGGCUGCUGGACAAGAUGCAAGAGAAGGGCCUGAAGCCCGGAAGUAGAGAAUGGAACUCUGUCCUUCUUGCGUGUUCUAGAGCAGCCGAAACAUCUGCUGCUGUGAAUAUUUUCAAGAGGAUGAUAGAUGAGGGAUUAAAACCAGAUGUUGUCUCCUAUGGAGCAUUGCUCAGUGCACUUGAAAAAGGCAAGUUGUAUGAUGAGGCGCUAAGAGUCUGGAAGCACAUGCUAAAAGUCGGUAUUGACCCAAAUCUGCACGCAUAUACAAUCUUGGUGUCCAUUUACAUUGGCAAGGGCAACCAUGAUAUGGUAGAUACUGUUCUUCGCGACAUGUUGUAUGCAAAGAUAGAACCAACUGUUGUGACCUUCAACGCGAUAAUCAGUGCUUGCGCGAGGAACAAGAAGGGCGGCGCUGCAUUUGAGUGGUUCCACAGGAUGAAAAUGCAGAAUAUUGAGCCAGAUGAGAUUACGUAUCAGGUGUUGAUUGAAGCUCUUGUACAAGAUGGUAAACCGAAACUUGCCUAUGAGAUGUACAUCAGGGCUUGCAACCAAGGGCUCAAGCUUUCCGCAAAAUCAUAUGACACUGUAAUUGAUGCAUGCCAAGCUUAUGGUUCCCUUAUUGAUCUAACUAAUUUGGGUCUUCGCCCUACAACAGAAGUGGAUCCACUGAGAUAAAGUACAAUUUUUUUACGCAUUUUGUGCAUUGAAGAUAUUUGUAGCAGCACAAAGGACUUUGGGUGGCACUGGAAUAUAUGGUUUAUACAGAAACCAAAUGGUAAACUGUGUCACACACUACUCCUUGUAUCUCUACCAUCCAAACUCAGUCAAACAUCCAUAACCACCCGAGAGGUAUUUGCAAUUGUAAGUUGCCUAACCUGUAAGCUUUGACACAAUAGCCUAUUUGUUAUUUGUUUUAUAGGAAUUUUAAGGUGCACCAUUGAAAUAUGUUUAUGGAUUACGAUCAGUUGCUUUUGUUUA